ACCGACUGAACUCUUCCGCAGAAAAGGGGAGACCGAACCCCUGCUUGCCUCUUCCUCUUUUAUGUUUCGAAUCUAGUCAUGUGAUAUCGUCCGACCGUUGUUUGCUUCCUCCUCGCCACUUCUUACCCUCUCCACCUUCUCUUCUCUUUCUCUCCGUUAGCGCGUGCCAGUGGGCCGAAGGAGUGGGGGAGAGUUCUUGAUCGCCGCCAUUGAUGGUGGGUCCGUACUCCUCCUCCUCGUCGAGGGGGCGGAGCAGCUCCCCCUUCGGUCACCGGAAGCCGCCCUCCACCUCCUACUCCUCCUCCUCGUCCACCUCCUCCUUCGCGAACGGUCGCCUGAUCCCCCGGUCCUCCCCGUCCUCGGUGUCAUCCCACUUCUAUGGGUCCUCCUCCAAUGGAGGAUUUUCCAGAUCCGUGACCCCGACUCGCGGCCGCGCGGAGUACUCUAAGGCGCGGGUGGCACCGGCCGGGUUCUCGGCCGAGGAGCUGGUGGUCGAGCCUGCGGACUCCGGGGGAUCUGGGGAUAGCAUCUCCGUGACCGUCAGGUUUCGGCCUAUGAGUGACCGUGAGUUUAAGCAAGGAGAUGAGAUGGCUUGGUAUGCUGAUGGGGAUAAGAUAGUCCGUAGCGAGUACAGUCCAUCCACAUUUUAUGCAUUUGACAGAGUUUUUGGUCCUUCCACAACUACUCAAGUAGUUUAUGAUGUUUCUGCUCGGCCUAUAGUCAAAGCUGCGAUGGAGGGCAUCAAUGGUACGGUUUUUGCCUAUGGUGUGACUAGUAGUGGCAAGACCCACACAAUGCAUGGGGAUCCCAAGACUCCUGGUAUUAUACCACUGGCCAUCAAGGAUGUCUUCAGCAUAAUUCAAGAUACCCCAGGAAGAGAGUUUUUACUCCGUGUAUCAUACCUUGAAAUUUACAAUGAGGUUAUUAAUGACUUGCUUGAUCCCACUGGACAAAAUCUGCGUGUAAGAGAAGAUGCUCAGGGUACUUAUGUUGAAGGUAUAAAGGAUGAAGUUGUUUUAUCUCCAGGACAUGCACUUUCUUUUAUUGCCGCUGGUGAAGAACAUCGUCAUGUUGGUUCUAACAAUUUUAACCUGUUCAGUAGUAGAAGUCACACAAUUUUUACCUUGAUGAUUGAAAGCAGCGCUCAUGGUGAUGAAUAUGAUGGAGUGAUGUAUUCUCAACUUAAUCUUAUUGAUCUAGCCGGAUCUGAGAGUUCAAAAACCGAGACAACUGGUCUGAGAAGGAAGGAAGGAUCUUACAUCAACAAAAGCCUUUUAACUCUUGGAACAGUUAUUGGAAAGCUUAGUGAGCGGAGAGCUUCUCAUAUUCCUUAUCGUGAUUCCAAAUUGACUCGACUUCUUCAGUCUUCAUUGAGUGGCCAUGGGCUUAUAUCGCUCAUUUGUACAGUUACACCUGCAUCUAGUAGCAUGGAGGAAACUCAUAACACAUUAAAGUUCGCAAGUAGGGCAAAACGAGUUGAAAUUUAUGCUUCUCGUAACAGGAUUAUUGAUGAAAAGUCAUUAAUUAAAAAGUAUCAGAAAGAAAUAUCUAGCUUAAAGCAAGAACUUGAGCAGCUAAAGAAAGGAAUGCUAAGUGGAGCUAGCCAGGAGGAAAUCAUGAUCUUGCGCCAGCAGCUUGAGGAAGGUCAAGUGAAGAUGCAAUCCCGUUUAGAGGAGGAAGAGGAAGCCAAAGCUGCUUUGAUGAGUAGAAUACAGAGGCUGACCAAGCUGAUACUUGUUUCUACCAAGAACACUAUCCCUGGUUGUUUAACUGAUUUACCUCGGCAUCAGCGCCAUCUUUCCUUAGGGGAGGAUGAUAAACUGGAUAUACUCCAUCAGAGUUCUCCACAUUUUGAAAGUGAAAGCACCCUGAAUGAUGCAAUGACUUCUUCUCUGUCAGAUUCAUUUGAUACAUUAUCUGAUGUUAAAAGUCGAAGACAUUCAAGCAAGUUGAGUGAAGAACAUUCGCCAGUCAAUAGUUCAGUCACAGAUCCAAUGCAGACAAGGAUCAUGAUGUCGGAUGAAAUGGAUCUCCUGGCCGAACAAGUAAAGAUGCUUGCUGGUGAAAUUGCAUUUGGUACAAGUACACUAAAGCGAUUGAUGGAGCACUCCGCAAAUGAUCCAGAUGGCACAAAGAUUCAAAUCGAGAAAUUGGAGCAUGAAAUCCAUGAGAAACAAAAACGAAUGAGGUUGUUGGAACAACGCAUUAUCGAGAACAGUGAAGCUUCCAAGGGAAAUUCCUCAAUGGUUGAUAUGCAGCAGACUGUAAUGAGAUUAAUGACUCAGUGCAACGAGAAGGGUUUUGAGCUAGAGUUAAAAUCAGCUGAUAACCGUAUCCUCCAAGACCAGCUUCAACAGAAGUGCUCUGAGAUCAAGGAUCUGGAAGAUAAAGUGCUUCUUCUACAACAACAGCUGAAUUCAUUCAAGUCUGAACAACUGCAUGAAGAAUUCGUCACAGAAGAAAUCAGUGAUAUGAAGAGUAAACUUCAAUCUCAGGAGGCUGAGAAUGAGAAACUAAAUCUUGAACAUCUUCGAAUGAUUGAGGAGAACCAUAGCUUGCUUUCCCAGAAUAAAAAAUUAGCUGAAGAAGCAUCUUAUGCAAAAGAGUUGGCAUCUGCUGCUGCUGUUGAACUCAAGAAUUUGGCCGAGGAAGUGACAAAACUUUCAUUACAAAAUGCAAGACAAGCUAAAGAGUUAUUGGCUGCUCAAGAUUUAUCUGGCCAUUCAAAAACUGCUAAUGGUACCAUACGUAGGUUUCCUGAAAACAAGAUAGAUGGGAUCAAACUAGGAAGAAGAAGUCGGCCUCCUAGUAGAAGUGGUGAUUUUGGAAACACAGUAUUUAAUGAUGUGGAAAACUGGAAUCUUGAUCUAGAUGGCAUAAGGAUGGAAUUGCAGGCCAGGAAACAAAAGGAAGCUGCUUUAGAAACUGCUUUAGCUGAAAAAGAGCAUCUGGAGGAAGAAUACAAGAGAAAACUUGAAGAUGGAAAGAAGCGAGAAAUGUCAUUGGAAAAUGACUUGGCUGGCAUGUGGGUGCUUGUUGCCAAGUUGAAAAAAGGUGCUUUUGGAUCCUUGGGGUUGAAUUCUGAUCAAAGAUCUACCAAUCCUGUUGAUCUUAUGGAUGACCUCAAAUUGAGCAAUGAUAAACACAAUUGUUCUCUUCAUCAAAGAAGACAAACAACGGAUAGUUUUGUAAAGCCAAAUAAUGAACAAUCGAAUCAAAAUCAAGAAUUGGAACCUUUGCUUGUUCGUUUGAAGGCCAAGAUUCAGGAGAUGAAGGAAAGAGAAAUUGAUUCUUCGGGGAAUGGGGACAAAAAUUCUCAUGUUUGUAAAGUAUGCUUCGAAGCUCCAACUGCUGCAGUACUUCUUCCUUGUCGACACUUCUGCUUGUGUAAACCUUGCUCGCUUGCCUGCUCAGAGUGCCCCCUUUGCCACACUAAGAUUGCUGAUCGCAUCAUUACCUUCACAACGUGAGUAGUGGCCCUCCUAUUUACAGGUCAACUACCAUGUAGCGUUGUCUGUAUAAAAACUUUUCGUCCUAUUCUUUAUCAGUUUUUAGAAGGUACAUGCUCCGUUAUUUGUGGCUACCUUGUGAGAACUGUAAUUCUUUUCAUUUCUCUCAAGGCCAUAUGCCUUGUAUCUCUCCAUAUCUCUCUCCAUCUUGUUUAAAGUGCAAGGAGCUUAAUGUUCAACAAACAAGUACGAGGUGAGCCCCCUGGAAGUCAACGAAAUCAUCUAGAUGAAGUAUACAAAGAAAACAUGCAUGGGAAACUGCUUGUUCCCAUAUGAUUUUAGCACCUGCUUAUUUCCUGUCCCUAUUUGUAAUUUCUUAAAUCAUCAGAGUAUAGUUGGGAAUUCAAUGAACAGUGUAAAUGAUUUUAAAUGGAAAUGACAUUAGUGGUUCUUGCCACAGUGUUGUAACAUUAUUAUCUCAAUCUGAAGUAACCUACUUUUUUGAGAGGUAA